GACGCCAGCGACGACGACGACGUUCAAAACGACCGAAGCUCUGCCCGACGACAACGACGACGCCGAAGAGUCGCACGCGAUUUAAAACGCCCCCGAAGGCGCGAGUGAGUGCCCACAGUGAAAAAACGCCUGCGCAUACGGCUCUGAAUAGGCUCUGAAUAUCCGGAAGCGAAUCUUAAGCCGUAGCCAAUAUCCAUCCGUGUACCGGACACUACUCUCCUCCUGUACGAGUACUAGAAUAUAUUUUGUUUGGUGAUAAAAUUUUUUUGUCAAAAGUGAAACAACCAUCGAAGCAAGCAGUGCAAAGAAAAACUCGUUUGCGUAUAACGCAUCCCGUAUCCCAUAUUGGCAAAAGAAAAGAACAUUCGCUGCCCCGCAAAAAUGUGUCACUGGAGCUGCUGGCAGGUGCUACUCCUGGCCACGGUGUGGGCCGGGUGGAUGGCUGUGGAGGCCAUACCCAAUGACGUUUACUUGAAGAUGUUCCCCAUGCGGGAGCUGCCGUUGGUGGAGGAUCCCUGCUACGACACGUCGCGCCAGCCGCGCAUCUGCAUCCCCGAUUUUGUGAACGCCGCCUACGAUGCCCCCGUGUCAGCCAGCAGCACCUGCGGGGCCGAGCAGCCGCAGCGCUACUGCGAGCACGGCUCGGACACCAGGGAGAUGCAGUGCCACACGUGCGAUGCCGCCAACUCGCAACGCAGCUUCCCGCCGCGCGCCCUCACCGAUCUGAACAACUCCAAUAAUGUGACCUGCUGGCGAUCGGCUCCUGUGCUGCCCGGAGGAGGCGGCAGUGGCUCUGGCUCUGGUGGCGGCGACAAUGUGACCUUGACCCUGUCGCUGGGCAAGCGGUACGAGCUGACCUACGUGAGCCUGCAGUUCUGCCCGCGUGCGCCACGCCCUGACUCCCUGGUGAUUUACAAGAGCUCCGACUAUGGCCGCAGCUGGAAGCCGUUCCAGUAUUACAGCUCUCAGUGCCGGCGCUUCUUCGGGCGCCCCAGCCGCAUGGCCGUGAGCAAGCACAAUGAGCAGGAGGUGCGCUGCAGCGAUCCCCAUCGCCUGGGGCAGGGGCAGGGCCGCAACGAGGGCCUCGCCUCGCGGAUCGCCUUCAGCACGCUGGAGGGUCGCCCCUCUGCCCGCGACCUCGACUCGUCGACGGUGCUGCAGGACUGGGUGACGGCCACCGACAUACGCAUCGUGUUCCACCGCCUGCAGCAGCCCGAUCCCCAGGCCCUCAUCUCCAUCGACUCCCCCCCGCCGGAUCUGCGCAGCGCCAAGUACAGCGUGCAACUCAACAGUCCAGCGGGCAACAACAUUGACUCCUCGCCCGCCACCGUUGCCGUGUCGGGAUCAGCCACAGCCGCAGCCACGGGCCUCCACUAUGCCGUCUCCGACUUCUCCGUGGGCGGGCGUUGCAAGUGCAACGGUCAUGCCUCCAAAUGCUCGCCGGAUGACGCCGGGCAACUGAGCUGCGAGUGCAGCCACAAUACCGCAGGCAGGGACUGUGAGCACUGCAAACCCUUCUACUACGACCGCCCCUGGGGCAGGGCCACGGCACGCGAUCCCAACGAAUGCAAAAUGUGCAACUGCAACAACCACGCGCGACAGUGCCGCUUCAAUAUGGAAAUCUUUCGCGCCUCUCAGGGCGUCUCUGGAGGCGUCUGUCAGAACUGUCGACACUCGACCAUGGGACGGAAUUGCCACCUGUGCAAAGAGGGCUAUUACAGAGACCCCACCAAGACGCUACAACAUCGCAAGGUGUGCAAGGCCUGCGAGUGCCAUCCGAUCGGUUCAUCUGGCAAGAUCUGCAACAGCACCAGCGGUCAAUGUCCCUGCAAGGACGGAGUCACCGGCCUGACCUGCAACCGCUGCGCGCGUGGCUACCAACAGAGUCGCUCCCACAUUGCUCCAUGCAUAAAGCAACCUCCGCGCAUGAUCAACAUGCUGGACACACAGAACACCGCACCUGAGCCGGAUGAGCCCACUCCAGAGGUAGCUAAUAACCGUGGUGGCGCCUCCGCAUCGGCGGCCGCCCAGUCCCCAUACUACCGCACCGAGGGCGGCAGGGAGUGCGGCAAAUGCAGAGUAAGCACCAAAAGGUUAAAUCUCAACAAGUUCUGCAAAAGAGACUACGCAAUAAUGGCCAAGGUAAUUGGUCGCGAUACGAGCAGCGAGGCGGCCAGCAGGGAGCAGGCCCAGCGACGCGCAAUAGAUCCCGCGGACGUGGACUACGAAAUGGAUCAGGACCCGUGGGCGGUGGCGGUGGCGGGAGCAGGGGCGGACGCUGGUCGAACGGAGUACGAGUUUCAGGGGGCGGCGGCGGCGGCGGCGGCGGAGGAGGACUAUCCCAACGACAGCGAGACGGUGCGGUACGAUCUGCAAAUCCAGGCCGUGUUCAAGCGCACCAAGUCAGGACACGCGAGCAGCAGCGGGGGGAUCGGCGUAUAUGGAAUGCCGAAUACAAUGCUAAAACGAGGUCCUAUGACCUGGAUCAUACCGAUUAGGAACCUCGAGUGUCGCUGCCCCAAGAUCAGAGUAAACAGAUCCUAUUUAAUUUUGGGACGGGACUCGGAGGCGCCACCUGGCUAUCUGGGCAUUGGGCCGCACUCGAUAGUCAUUGAGUGGAAGGAGGACUGGUACCGGCGCAUGAAGCGUCUGCAAAGGAGAGCGCGCGCCUGUGCGUAA